AUGACCCAGUCCAGUACUAGAACACGAAGGGGAAGAUGUGACAACUCCAAUGUUUUCAGAAUUGAAGAGAAUAAGAAAAGCCGGUGGGAAGACAUAGAAAAGUUGAGGAUUCACUUGUACUGGUGUAUAUGGCACCUUAUCACCUUCUACUUCUUUCCAGCCUCUUAUGGAAAUGAUGUUAGAUGUAAUCUGAGUAUAUCAGAGGUCUCUGUGAUACUAGAACCAGGAGAUAUUCUGAUAGGGGUGCUGCUUCCAUUUCAUAUUGAUAAAAUAUUUCAGAUAACAACAUUUACCGAGACACCUCCAAAGGUCUCCUGUACACGGUUUCUUCUAGAAACAUAUCAGCAGUUCCAAGCCAUGAGGUUUGCACUGGAUGAGAUAAACAAAAGUCUGACCCUUCUUCCCAACAUUACUCUUGGCUUCUAUGUCUAUGACUCAUGUGCACAUCUGAGGAAGGAACUGGAGGGAACACUGUGGAUGUUGACGGGUAUGAAUAAGACAAUACCCAAUUAUUGCUGCCAAAAAUGGCCACGUUUGGCUGCUGUACUUGGACAUUCAAUAUCUACUUAUUCUAUUCUAAUGGCCCAUAUUCUGGGACUCUACAGAUACCCCCAGAUCAGUCAUUUUUCAACCAGCUCCUCACUGAGUGACCGGUCACAGUUCCAUUCCUUCUUCAGAACAGUCCCCAGUGAUGCUUUCCAAUCACGUGGACUUGCCCACCUCCUGCUGUAUUUUGGAUGGACGUGGGUGGGUCUGAUUGGCAUGGGAAGUGAUUAUGGACAACAGGGAGUUUAUCUUAUCACACAAGAACUUAUUAAAGCACAAGCUUGUGUUGCCUUUACUGGUUUCAUCCUGUCUAAUCAGGAAGAUAAGAAUGUACCAUAUCUAACCAGAAUCAUAAAAGAGUCAACAGCCAGAGUGAUAGUGGUGUUUGCCCCUGAUGUCUAUUUUGCUGCACUUUUGGAUGAGCUACUGAAGCAGAACCUGACUGGGAAAAUCUAUGUGGCGAGUGAAGCCUGGUCCAUCUCAGCAAUGUUAUCAGCUGAAAAAUAUUCUUCCAUACUCACUGGCUCCAUUGGGUUUGCAUUUUCUAGCUCACCAUUACCAGGUCUUAAAAGCUAUCUUAACAAGGUUCGUCCCUCUAGCAAACCUGGAGAAUCCAUAACAAAUUUGUUUUGGGAAAACAUGUUUAAAUGCAAAUUUUUUGAUCAAGGAAAUCUCAAUGAAACAUGGAAAAAUUCUACAAAGCUUUGCACAGGAAAUGAAGAUCUAGAAACUAUUGAAAACAGCUACAAUGAUGUGUCUAAUUUUAGAAGCGCAUACAGUAUAUAUACUUCUGUUCAAGUCCUAGCACAAUCUUUGCACAAUCUCUUCUUGUGUUCACAUGGUAAAGAAUCACUUUCUGAUGGAACUUGUGUGGAUACUGAAAACAUCAAGCCAUGGCAGCUGACACAUUAUAUUCAGAAUGCCCAAGUAAAACUAAGCAAUGGAAGAGAGGUCUCAUUUGAUAGCAAUGGGGAUCUACCAGCAGUGUAUGAUAUAGUAAAUUGGCAGAUUGGUCCUGAUGGAAUCAUGAAGCAGGUGAAGGUCGGGAGCUAUGAUACUGCAGCUUCUGAUGGAAACAUCUUCUCUAUCAACAUAAGUGCAGUGAUGUGGGCUCCAGGAGAUCAUCAGGUUCCUUCUUCUGUCUGCAGUAAGAGUUGCCUACCAGGAUUCAGGAGAGCAAUUAUAAGAGGCAAACCCAUCUGCUGCUUUGAAUGUGUCCCUUGCCCAUUUGGAGAAAUAUCCAAUAACACAGGUUCGGAUGAUUGCUCCAAGUGCCCAUGGAAUGCGUGGCCUCAUGUUAACAAAGACAGAUGUAUUCCCAAAGCCACCAAGUUUCUCUCCUUUGAAGAACCAUUGGGUACAACUUUGACCAUUGCAGCCAUAACUUCCUCUCUGGUUCCACUUUCUGUCUUGGGACUGUUUUAUUGUUAUAAGAGCACUCCUAUUGUAAGAGCAAACAAUUAUUCUCUAAGCUGCAUACUCCUUGUUUCCUUAUUCUUCUGUUUUCUUUGUACUUUGUCAUUUAUUGGUUACCCCCAGCAACUGAAAUGCCUUCUACGACAGGUUACAUUUGGCAUGGUUUUCACACUUUGUGUUUCUUGUAUCUUGGCCAAAACCAUCAUGGUUGUUUUGGCAUUUAUGGCCACCAAACCAGGCAGUAGCUUGAAGAAAUGGACCAGCUCCAGGGUAUCUUAUAUCAUUGUCUCUGUAUGCAACAUUUUACAGCUUUGCUUGUGUAUCUGUUGGUUGUCCCUCUCCCCACCCUUUCCAGAAUAUAACACAGACACCCAGCCUGAGAUUAUUUUUAUUGUAUGUAAUGAAGGCUCUGCCACUGCUUUCUGGGUCAUGCUGGGCUACCUUGGAUUCUUGGCCACUAUAAGCUUCAUUGUUGCAUUUCUGGCAAGGCAUCUUCCUGAAAGUUUCAAUGAGGCCAGAUUUAUCACAUUUAGUAUGCUGUCCUUCCUCACUGUCUGGAUAUCCUUUAUUCCAGCCUCUCUCAGUGCACGUGGACAAUAUAUUGUGGCAAUGGAAGUGUUUGCUAUUCUUUCUUCCAGCUGGGCACUGGUGGUCUGCAUGUUUCUACCGAAAUGCUUCAUCAUAGUUUUCAGACCCAACUUGAACUCUAGGGAGCACCUCAUACGGAGAGCCAGGAAUUAUGACAGAUAG